AUGUCUGAAAGUACUAAUCCAGAUCAAUUCACCAAUGUUGGUGAACAAGUUGAAGUUAUGAAUACCCCAAGCAACCAAGGGAUUCACUUGACAGGUGCAGCUGAUGCCGAAGGACAUCCAGUUCAAGAAAUCGAGUCGCUCUGUAUGAACUGUCACGAAAAUGGUACUACACGUUUAUUAUUGACUAGAAUUCCAUUUUUCAGAGAAAUUAUUAUAAUGUCUUUUGAAUGUCCCCAUUGUCAUUUUAAGAAUUCUGAGAUUCAGCCAGCUGCUCAAAUAGCAGAAAAGGGUUCUCGUUAUCAGCUCAAAAUUGAAGCAAAAGAAGAUUUUAAUCGUCAAAUUGUUAAAUCAGAAACCGCUACUUGUAGAUUUAAUGAAUUAGAUAUUGAAAUUCCUCCAAAAAGAGGUCAAUUAACUAAUAUUGAAGGAUUGUUAUCUGAAAUGGUCAGUGAUUUAGAAUCUGAUCAACCAACCAGAAAAUCAAUCCAACCAGAAGUUUACGAUAAAAUUAAUGAAGUUAUUAAUAAAAUCCAAUCUUUCCUCAAUGCUGAACCAAAUACUUUACCAUUGACUUUCACUCUUGAUGAUCCAGCUGGUAACUCUUGGAUUGAAUACAUACCUGAUCAACCAUCUCAUAAAUGGUCUAUGUUUGAAUAUAAUAGAACUGCAGAGCAAAAUGUUUUCCUUGGUUUAAUUUCUGCUGAUGAUGUUGAUAGAGCCCGUCAAAUCGAAGCUGAAAAUAAAAAACAGGCCACCAAUUCUAAUAUUUCCUCCUCUUUGAAGAAAGAAGGUGUUACAACUAAUGAAUCCGAAAAUUCAAACAAUCCAAUUUCGAGAAGUAUCGAUAAUGAUGAUAUCGAAAAUUUAUCAAAUGAAGUUCAAACAUUCCAUGCCACUUGUUCAUCUUGUUAUAGACCAAGUGAAACUCAUAUGAAAACCGUUAAUAUUCCUCAUUUCAAAGAUGUUAUCAUUAUGUCAACUGUCUGUGAACAUUGUGGUUUCAAAUCAAAUGAAGUUAAAACUGGUGGUGAAAUCCCCGAUAAAGGUAGAAAAGUUAUUUUGAAAGUUACUGAUCCAGAAGAUUUAGCUAGAGAUAUUUUGAAAUCUGAAACUUGUGGCUUGGUCAUUCCUGAAUUAAACUUAGAUUUAACUCCUGGUACCUUAGGUGGUAGAUUUACUACUAUUGAAGGUUUAUUAAACCAAGUUUACGAAGAAUUGCACGGUAGAGUUUUCAGUGAAACUUCCGAUUCAAUGGAUGCUGAAACCAAAACUAGAUGGACUUCCUUCUUCGCAAAAUUACAAGAUGCUAUCUCUGGAAGAAUUGGAUUUACCAUCAUCGCUGAAGAUCCAUUGGCUGCUUCCUAUAUUCAAAACGUUUAUGCUCCUGAUAACGAUCCAAAUAUGAUCAUUGAAGAUUUCGAAAGAACUCAUGAUCAAAAUGAAGAUUUGGGUUUGAAUGAUAUGAAGGCUUAA